ACUGUUCCUGAAAUGUCGAGGCCUAAUUCUCCAUGCUGUUAGCACACAUGGAAUAAUGCUUGCUGUUAGCCUGGGCUUUAGCUAGCGUCAAUACAAAACAAAUCACCAACACUGUAUAUCAUCACCUGCAUGCUGUUUGAGAGGCCAUAAUCUAAAGAAGCUUUCAUAUUUUGGAGAAUUUCAGGCAGAAUGAACUCGCUGUGUGUUGAGCUGUAACUUUAUCCGCGUUUAAAUCUUCUGCUGUGUCUCCUGUAGUGUCACAGAUAGAUAACAGCAAUCUAAACUACUGUUUAAGUGCUUUCACACAGCUAUGUCAGGAAUUAAAAGGAAACUGGAGGAUAAAGAUCCAGACUAUGAAGACAUCACCCAAGUGCAGCAGAGCAAGAGGAGCAAAGUACUUGAACAGAAUGCACGUGAUGCCACGAUACAGAAGAUUGAAGCGAUCAUCAGAGACCAGUUUGUCCUGGAGAUGAAAAACAAGGAACAUGAGAUUGAGGUCAUUGGCCAGCGUCUAAACGAGGCGAGGAGGAUGAUGGACAAGCUGAGAGCCUGCAUUGUGGCCAGUUACUACACCAGUGCUGGCCUGACGAAAGUUUCUGAGUCCUCAGUGAGUGAUUUGAACCAUCCAGCUAUCAAGCGCUUCCUGGAGUCUCCGUCUCGCUCGUCGUCUCCGUUAAACCAGGGUUCAGAGGCACAUUCUGUAGGCCACUCAGAGACCGAAUCCCUGAGUCAGCCAACAGAGCCAGGAGAAAGAGACAGUCAGGGCUGGAAAGAGGAAGACCUCAGGCAUCUGGAGCGCAGACCGGGACGCAAUACAGGCAAGGAUACAUUUGGUGUGCCAUCAUCUGCAGACCAGCACUUCACAUUCCACACUACAGGAGACGAGGCAUCACGACUCUAUGUGAAGAAAACCAUUGUUGUGGGCAACGUUUCAAAGUACAUAGCUCCUGAUAAGAGAGAAGAGAAUGACCAGUCCACCCAUAAGUGGAUGGUGUAUGUCCGAGGUUCAAGGAAGGAGCCCAGCAUCGACCAUUUUGUGAAGAAGGUUUGGUUCUUCCUGCACCCCAGCUAUAAACCCAAUGACCUGGUGGAGGUGAGCGAACCCCCGUUUCACCUGACACGGCGGGGCUGGGGUGAGUUUCCUGUGCGUGUGCAGAUUCAUUUUAAAGACCAGCGGAACAAACGUAUUGAUAUCAUCCAUAAUCUGAAGCUGGACAGGACAUACACAGGACUGCAGACUCUUGGAGCAGAAACGGUGGUAGAUGUUGAGUUACACAGAAACUCCCUGGGUGAGGACUUCAUCCCAUUCCCAUCUUCCUUCUUCUCAUCGUCAUCUUCCUCCUCUCACCUGGCAAGUACAGCUGCCCCUGGUACGUUGGCUGGAAAGUCUGCAAGUCAAAAUUCCCAGAAUUCCUGCCAUGCAGUGUCACCCUCUCAGCUGUCGCCUGACUCUAACUCAGAAAAAGGUGUGAAGAGCGAGACUGUGCGAUCAUCAUGUUCUGAGCGAACAGUGUCACAAGCCAAAGGGGUGGAGAAAAUCACCCAGGGCUUUCAUAGCAGCUCAGCAUUUCAGCCAAUCACAGCCAGCUGCAAGAUCAUGCCCCAGGGACAGACACCCAGUCCUGCAGAGUCACCUGGGAAAUCCUUCCAGCCAAUCACCAUGAGCUGCAAAAUUGUAUCUGGCUCCCCUAUUUCUACCCCUAGUCACUCUCCCCUGUCUAGAACACCCACCUCCACCCCUGUACACAUGAAGACCAGCUCAUCUGUCAACAACCCAUAUAUCAGUACUGACAAGGCAGGUCAGGUGAUGAGCAUGACUACACCCACUACAGGAAGUCCAUCCGCCAAACAGAGUGGUGCUGCACAGGGUGCACGGUCACCUGCUCCGAAAGUCCACUCAGGCGGCUUCCUCUCAUCUGGAGUCAAGGUGAUCAUUAAGCAGGAACCAGGAGAAGUAACUACAUCGACAUCUUCACAGCAGCAGCCUGGAUCCACAGCACCAGCCCAACAGCAGUAUGUGACUGUGAAAGGGGGUCACAUGAUUGCUGUGUCACCCCAGAAGAGUGGGGUGGGGGCAGGAGCUGGAGCCACACCUACCAAGAUGGUGGGGAUUCCAGUUGGCUCUGCCCUGCAGUCUGCAGUAAAGCAGGUGGCCAUCAGCAGUGGUCAAAUCCUGGUUGCUAAGUCAAGCCCUGCUGUCUCCAAGGUAAUGGGACAGAAGCAGGUGGUGGCACAGGGCGUGGCUAAAGCAAUUGUCAGUGGGGGCGGAACAGGUACCAGCAGUGGGGUGUGUGUACAGCAGGUGCACACCGGUGCCAAAUCAACAGGAGGAUCAGGAGGCAGUGGCAAGAGUGGAGUAAUGGCAACGCUGCAGUUACCGGUGAAUAAUUUGGCUAAUUUAGCCAACCUGCCUCCGGGCACCAAGCUCUACUUGACCACGAACAGCAAAAACCCAUCAGGCAAGGGCAAACUCCUGCUCAUCCCACAGGGAGCCAUCCUGAGAGCCUCAAAUAGCGCAGGGCACCAGUCGCAGAGUUCUUCUUCUGGUUCUGCUCAGUCGUCCGGCAGCAGCUCUGGAUCCAGCAGCCUGCCCACCAGCCUGUCCUGCACCUCGUACAUACUGAAACAGACCCCACAGGGCACAUUUCUGGUUAGUCAACCAGGGGGUUCUGGAAAGCAGAGCACAGCCAGUUCCACAGGUCAUGCCACAUCUAGUCCCACCUCUGUUACCCAGCAGGCUAUUCGUGUUACAGCAGGACAGAAGGCAGCCAUCUUGGCUCAGGUGGUCGGUGGCUCCCAGGGGUCUCAGGUAAAGCUGUCUGAUGGCUCGGUAAAGACGGUGACGGCUGCACAUCUGUCCAAACCAGGCAGUACCACUUUGAGGAUGACGGGGGGACUCAUCACAGCAACCACUUCAAGUUCACCAGCCGCUACCUCCACUUCUCAGCAGUCAGCAGAGGUUGCUGGAGUGUCUUCUGCUUCCUCAGGUACUAAAGCAGCUGCACAGCAUCCUCUACUGAUGGCAGCCAAUCAGGCUGCAGUAAUCAGUGCCGCUAAGAGUGCUAGCUCAGCAGCUAACGCAGCAAAAAACACAGGCACUGUUGUAUCGGCAUCUAAAAGUAUCAACAUGCCGCUUAUCAGCCUGUCGAAGGCAGCAGGGACAGCGGUAGUGAGUGUGCCCAAGAGUGCCAGUCCUUCAUUGGUCAGUGCCGCAUCUCUCGUGGGAGGAGCUACAGUCAGUGGGAAGGCGGCGGCUGCAAUUUCAGGCAUGUUAAAGCUACAUUCUGGGCAGUCAGGCUCACAACAGACGGUUUUGACGAUUCCAGCUAACCAGCUUAAGCAGCUCAGCAUCAGCGGUGCAUCCACAGGCCUCCAGACAAUCCUAAUGCCUGUUGGAAAAGUAGUGCAAUCUGGGUCUAAAUCUGCAUCCAGUGCUCAGAGUGGAGUUUCCCUUUCUACCACUGCACCUCUAGCUCAAGUCAAGACAGAACCGGGAUUAUCCAGCUCCUGCACAACCCCAGUAACGCCCACGUCUACCCCUCUAUCUACAGUAUCUACCCCCCUGCCCACAGCCACCUCUGCUACUGUUAAACUGGAACAAGGCACAGAAACCGUGACACAUGAGCUUCUUAAUACGGAACAUAUUGAAACCAUGUUGCAACUUUUGACAGCUGCAGUGAAGAAAUUUCCUUUGAUUGUCCCAGAAAAAACUGAAGAUUCCCACCCGUUCUGUGCUACCUCUGUGGAGCAGUACUAUUCCUGGAACAUUGGAAAACGCAGAGCCGCAGAGCUCCAGAGGGCAGUAGCAGUGAAGCGUCUAGUUCAGGAUAUUUUAGACCGGAACCCACGACUACAGGCCCUCAGCCCACCUAAAACCAGGGAAGUGGUCCAGUGGUGUCGUCUCCGUGGAUUCACACCCCCUGACCCUGAACCCCUGCGCAUAGAGGAGGACUCCAUAGAAGACAUUCUAACACAGAUAGACAGUGAGCCAGAGUGUCCCUCUACUCUAACGGAUGGUGAAGAACUGUGUCAGCGUCUUGAGCAGUUGCAGAGGCUAUUAAAGACUGAGCCAGAAGAGGAAGACACAGAGCCUGUUGACAUUGUUGCUGUCGAAGAGGACCGAAGCAAAAGGGUCAAGGUCAAGCAGGAGCAGGAGGAAGCAGAGGAGGAGCCCAAAUUCUUCCUGGGGUUAUGUCCCUCUUCCCAGUUUGUCCGAGACACAGCAGAGCAGAUUGGUGUGACUUUCCAGCCAGUUGAAGUGGAGAGAAAUGUCUUUGCUCCUGUAGUGGAAGCCAUGAUUCUCAAGGCCACACAACAGUUUGCCAGUGAGGUACUGAGAGAAUCACUAGCAAAUGCCUAUGGGAAGUCACCUCAAAACAGAGUUCCCAGAGAAAUCUCAGCCAUGAAUAUACACCAAGCUGCCAGCUCAAUGCCAACCUGUGAUUUCCUCACUAAUAGGUACAUGGGCUUCCUGCUGAAGGAUGGUGGCCAUGAAGACUGAACGUGGAUUUGGAAUUCCAGAGCUGCUAAAAUAAACUCACAUACACAUGCACAGAUUACUGUAACCUUUCAGCAGUGAAUAAGUGUGAAAUGCACAGAGGCUGACCCUUCAGACACAGGCAUCACGUUAACAGCAGAUGUACAAACCGAAGAUGUGUUUGGAUGGAAUGAAGUGGUUAUGUUGAACCCUCUGAUGGUGUAACAGCAGUACAGGAGUUAUCAGCACAUGGACAUCACUGUUGAGUUUAACAAGAUCCUACAUUUAUUGUCUGGACCUGUUCAAAUCAUCAUUCUCAAUGAUCUGUAUUUUGUUUGACUUUCAUUAUUAUGAGUAUCACAUUCAGAUUUAGAUUGCGCUUAGUAACAUGUGGUCCUAUGUGACUGAUUCUCUGCUUGUCAGAUCAACACGAGCACCUAUAUACAAAGAUGAGGGGGAAAAGAGGCACUCAAUAUACCAACCUGUUGUGUGUUUAGUUAGUUAUUAAUUUCAUCUUCAUUUCACGGUUUUCUACAGUCAGUUUUAGUGCAUUUCUGAGUAGAGACUGCAUACUUUGCAAUACUAGUGAUACAGAAUGGUUAUGGUAGUGCGAUCACUGUUGUACUUGUAUGUAUUAACUAGUCUUAAUCUGUGGGUUAAUCUGUUGUAGGAGACCCAACCAGAAAAUCAGUAAUCACAUGUCUAUUGUGAAGUCUCUACGUUCACUGUUUUCACUGUUAAGUCUUGACCAUCUUCAGACUUAAACAUUGCAGGAGGUGUGUUUAUUAGCUGAUAACUUACACAGUGAAGAGAAAAUUCCAGUGUUGUAUUUUGUAACAUUUGCUGAAGCGUUUUUGUUAUGAAGAUGGCUGGUGCUUGCUAGACUUGCUGAAGUCUUAAUGUUCAGGUGCUUUUACAUCAUUAUAUACACAAGCCUUUCUCACACCUUGUCCUACUGUAUCUCACUAUUGUACGGUUUUGCGUGAGCAAACACACCUUAUCAAACUUGCUAAGUACAUGUUUGUUACUAAACCACAUUUAAACCCAGUAUGCCACGCUGGAGAUGAAACAAAGCUAAAUUAUGCAGCAGUUAUCUUUACAACACCCGAAUGGCAGUUGUGUGUUCAGGAGGUAGGUUUCUGGUGGUAGAUGGCUCAUUCGUGCAGAAGGUUUUGUGGUGUUGUAUUCUCUGAAAUUGCAGCGUUUUUUGUAGGAUGAAAUUUAGACAAAUUUGAUUUAGACACAAAUGCAGUUAAUGGGCUCAGACAUGCCUGGUGAAUUCUCCUGGCUUUCAUUCCAUUUUUGUUAGCUUAAAUAGUGUUUUAGUCUAAGCUGAUACAGUUGAGUGCAAAUUUGCACGGCUUUAGGACAAAAUGAAGAAAAAAGAAUGAAGUAAAACGCUGAAUAUGAUCUCAGUUCAGAGGUUUGCAGCUCUUUUUCAGAAUGUGAUAUUAAAAAAAUUGUAAAGACCUCUGUACCCACUCUCCUUUAAAACUACCUCCAAUCUUAUAUUCUCUAACAGGCUUUUGAAUUGUUUAGCUGGAAUUGUUAACCCCACCAUUCUUCCUGAGUGGCUAGUCCUUGACCUGUUCUUAUUGACACAUCUGUUAAACUUUGCCACGUCAGACACUGCCUUGUUCAGGUGGGUACACUGCGGUUAUAGCUAAAUGUAGACCUAUUGCCUUCGGUUGUUAUUUUUUUUCCCUUCCAUAUUUAAACUUUUUGCACUCGACUAUAUCAAGUUCUACAUUGUGAUCAAUGUAGAAGUAACGAACCAGCAAUGCGUUUGUCCGGUGUGUCCACGUAUUUGUAAAUGUAUGUCUAUUUGCGUGUGGGUGCCAAGGUUUGUUUGCUCUGUGACAGUUGUAUAUUUUUGUGUAUGCACAUGCUCUGUGCACGAACAGACUUAAUUAAACAGUCAUAACCUGUUUAAACAAUCUUAAUGUAUUGUAGACACACAUGACCAAUUAUAUUUUGCCUUGUUAUGUAACUAAAAAUAAUGACUAUUCUUGUAUUAAAAUGGUAGAUAUGCCACUAAA